AUGGCGGACAAAGGUGAAGGCGUUAAGAUGAAAAUAACCCUACCAGGGACUGGACCUGCAGAAGAUAUUGUAUCUGAUCCUAAGCUCUAUACUGGAGGUGCUAGUAGGUUUGAUGUAGCACAAGGUAUAUUGGGUGAUUGCUGGUUGGUAGCAGCCAUUGCUUCGCUCACACAGGACAAACUACUACUUAGCAAAGUGAUACCUCAAGAUCAAGGGUUUGGAAAAGGUUAUGCCGGCAUUUUUCAUUUUCAUUUCUGGCACUUUGGAGAAUUUGAUAUUGUAGUUGAUGAUCGACUGCCUACUUAUAAUGGAAAGUUGAUUUUUUCCAUUCUACUGAUGGACAAUGAAUUUUGGAGUGCCUUGCUUGAAAAAGCAUAUGCUAAAUUGUAUGGUGGUUAUGAAGCUCUCAAAGGAGGUAAGACUUCAGAAGCCAUGACAGAUUUCACUGGUGGAGUUGUUGAAAGUUUUAACCUCAAAGACAACCCAUCCGGUCUCUUUGAACGUAUGAUGAAGAGCUCAAAACGUGCCUCUCUCAUGAGCUGCUCUGUAGCGGUAAAUUACUAA